AUUGAAAUGUUGAAUGGGUCAAACUAUAAGAAAUGGAAGCAAGAUGUGAACUUCGCUCUAGGAAUCGCUGAUUUAGAUAUAGCGUUGCGAGAGGAUAAACCAGUGAUCACUGCAUCGAGCACGACUGAUCAAAAGGAACGCCUGGCAAAGUGGGAGAGAGCUGACAGGUUGAGUUUGAUUGCCAUUAAGAGAACUAUCUCUGAACAUCUCCUUGGUGGUUUGCCUGAGGAAUGCACUGCUAAACAAUUUCUUGCCUCUAUAAAAGAGAGGUAUCAAGUUUCGGAUAAUGCCGAGUCGGGACGUCUGUUGAAAGAACUAAUGGAUAUAAAAUAUGACACUGCCAAGGGUGUGAGAGAAUUUAUCCUUAAAAUUGUCCACUACCAAACCAAAUUGAAAACUCAUAAAAUUGACCUUAAUGACAAGUUCAUAGUAGGACAUGCCCUGAAUUGUCUACCCGUUGAUUUCACCCAAAUCAAAACUGCCUAUAACACCAUUGGGGUAGAUUGGAGUGUGAAUGACCUUAUUACCAAAAGUGUUGCUGAGGAAGAGAAACUUAAGAAUGAAAAGACUGCUGUGUCCAUGCUAUCUGUCCAUUCCAAACCUCGUUCUAGCAAGAACAAUGGAAAAUAUAAAUACUCACAUGCUUCUCACAAAAAUUAGGAUUUUAAGAAACCAGGCAUAGGUCAGCACCGUUUUGUAGGAGGCCCUAAGUCAUAUGAUCUCAAGAGAACUAUUUGGUGCUUUUGGUGCAAAGAGAAGGGACAUAAGAAACCAGAUUGUCCAAAGUUAAAAACUUGGCUAGAUAACAAGCAAAAGUCAGAAGGGGUUCAGAAACCUGAGGGAGCCCAUUCCAAGGGAAAGCAGGCUGAGGGUAGGAAAUGAUCUAGCCGUAGCUGUGGAGUCAGUGGGAGAUGUCAGCAUAAUUUUAGAUUCUGGAUUUGAACUUGUUUUGAAUAAUACCUUUUAUGUACCUUCUUUUAGGAGGAAUCUUAUUUCCAUUUCAUUGUUGGAUGAACUCGGUUUUUGCUUUACUUUUGGUAGUAGGAAAAUAAGUAUGACAUUGAACUCCCAAGUUGUUGGUCGUGGAAUUUUAAUUGAUGGUUUAUAUAAAUUGUCUUUGA